AGCCUUUUCAACAGUCAGAGUAUUGCCUCUAUAGACAAACAGGCUCUACUAUAACUCAGACUUCACAAUGAGUAAUCUAAAAGUUUACUGGUCACCAAUCUAUGAGGACCUGUUUUGUACCUGUAGUCCUAACAAGAUUUUACUGUACAAACUUGAUCAAUCAAGGGGAAAACCAUCACAGAAAGCCCCUGUUGUGAAGCAGAUUUCAGAUUGCCUGUGGGCCGUAGAACAACCCAAGUCUAUAGAGAUAGGAAUGUUAAAGACAGUGGCAUGGUAUCCCAAGGCAGAGCCUGAUAAAAUGUUGGCCAUAGGACUUGCCAAUGGAAGAGUCAUCUUAAACAAUUUCAGUGACAAUAAUGAAAGUGAUUUAAUUAACAAAGAGUUUGUUCCCAAACACACACGGUCGUGUAUAUAUCUUAACUGGAAUCCUGUAGAUUGUCACCUGCUUGCAGAGGGAUUGGAAAAGUAUAGAAAUGAUAGCUGCAUCAACAUUUGGAACAUUCACCAUAAACCUGGGAAUGAGCACGGGGACAGACAACGAUACAGUUCUAGUCAUAGUGAUACCACGGGUGUACAUGUACCUUACUUAGAAAUAGGGGGGCCCUCUGAGACUACAGCAUCUUUUGAUUGGUUUAAGAAAGAACCUCGGACAUUUGUGACUGGAAUGAAUGCUAGAUACCUCAGAAUUUAUGACCUUAGAGAUUGUACUCGACCUCAAAAUCAGACCCAGACAAAAAUGAUAAGAGGCGUUUGUGUGGACAGACAGAAUGAUCACAGAAUCGCUUCAUUUAAUGAGAACCAUGUCAGUGUUUGGGAUGUGAGGAACUUUGACAAACCUAUGCUGACAUUUCAGGAAUCUAAAGCUGUCUCUUCUAUACGAUGGUGUCCCACCAGAAAAGGCUACCUGGGAAUUCUAAGUCAAGACAGCCUGACAGUUAAAAUAUACGACAUUCUGCAUCUACCUCAAACAGUGGGAUCUGAGGAACUAGAUCAGUAUUACAGUGAAAGAACAAUUAAAGUUUUGAAUACUCAAGUGGUAACAUCAUUUUCUUGGCACCCGAAGCACGACAGCCGAUUGCUGACCAUCACCCAACAAGGCACUCUCAGGGAUAUUGUUGUGCACGAACACAUUCCUUUUAACUGGUCAGCUGAUUCUCAUCUAGUCAUGGCACAUGGUAAGAUACUGAGUGACAAUUCCCUGAACCGAGAGGAGAGUGGACAUCUAGAUAUAUCUGUAAAAAUGAAGGAGCGGAUCAUCCAGGGUUACGGGCUACAGUCUGACCAUAUCUGGCACAAUGUUUUCGCAGUGAAAGAUGAACCAGAUUUGUUUGGAGUGUGGAGGUGGCUGUCCUAUGCUCGAGAAAUGCUAGAAUAUACAAGACAUGGUCAGAGAGGCAUUCUGGGUAAACACUUAGGAAUAAAAAGCAUUUUGAGAUUGGAUAGCGAGGACAUACCUGGCUCUCAGAUGACCAAUAUGUAUUGGGCAGCAGAAUUCUCGCGGAAAUUGUCCUGUGUACGGCAGUAUCACAGCGCUGAAAGGACCAAAGCUCUACAGUUGUGUGGCUGGGGUGCUGAUAAGCAGAAGCCUGAACAAUUAGAUACUAUUUUACAUGAACUACAAAUGGAUGGAAAAUACUCAGUAGCAGCUGCUAUGGCCCUCUUCAAUCUUCAAAUCUCCAAAGCAAUAGAGAUACUUAGUACCAGCAGCUCCAAAGGUCAAGAGAGUACAGAUUUAAGCACUGUUGCCAUGGCGAUUGCGGGGUACACAGACGAAAGAAAUACCCUAUGGAGGAAGACGUGUAUGUCCCUCCUACAGAAGCUAGAGGACCCGUACCUCAGAGCCAUGUUUGCUUUUCUGACCUCGGAACGGGAAAACUAUGAAGAAAUUCUGAAACAUGGAUGGAAGAAGACAGACCAAGGUGGCAUGCAGCUAUCAGACAAGAUUGCCUUUGCCUGUAUUUAUCUGGACGAUGAUAGGCUGAAAGAGUACAUCAACAGACUGACAAGGAAAGUUAUAGAGUCUGGAAAUUUAGACGGUUUACUUAUCACGGGUUUAACACAGGAUGGGGUCUCUCUGAUUUCUAAGUACGUGGACUUGACUGGAGAUGUACAAACAGCUGCUCUGGUCUGUGUUUUCUCCCUCCCAAAUGAAAUGUCUAAAGACGAAAGAGUUUUAAACUGGAUUGAAUCGUAUAGAGAACUGUUAGAUAGAUGGAGACUUUGGCAUCACAGAUCCAAGUUUGACAUCAUCUGGCACACCAGUGAUAACUUCCGGGUAACAUCUCAGGCCUUUGUUAGCUGUAACUUUUGUGGUAAAUCCAUUGCCUGUAACAUGCCUGUGGCCAGUCGAGCUCGCCCGUACAACUCGUACUCAGCAGGAACGCUGACCUCCACUAAACCAAAGGUUUCCUGCUGUCCAGGGUGUAGGAAGCCCCUCCCUCGUUGCUCCCUGUGCCUGAUGCAUCUUGGGACUCCCUCUGGAUCGGCUCUUUAUACACAGAAAGAUAAAACAACAUAUGCAUCUAAAAUGACGGCCAUUGAUGAUUGGUUCAUGUGGUGUCAAUCAUGUCGCCAUGGAGGCCACGCCUCUCAUUUAUGGGAGUGGUUUGCGGAGCAUUCUGAAUGUCCUGUUACGGGCUGUUACUGUAAAUGUUCUACACUUGAUCACACCUCUAGACUGAACGCAGAGAGCUGACAGAGGAAUGGUGUAUAAUUUUUUACAGGAAAUGUAUGACGUGAAUGAGUAAAUAGUUGUGAAUGCGUAAAUAGUGGAUGGUACUAAACAGCAGGAAGCUACUUUAAUGAUUACUGGACUGAUGUUAAAAGACAAUAUUAUAAAGUCGUUCUUUUUAUUACAUCAUCUGUCAAGUGAAGAUACUCCAGAUUUAGCAGUUGUGAUUUGAAACUAUAAAAAGAUUAUAAAAUGUUUCAAUGCUUUGGUAUUUCACAGAUUAUUCUGCCAUAUUAAGAUUAAUUUCUUCAAGGAAAGUAUAAAA